AUGAAGAUCCAACUCGCCCUUGCUUUCUUCGCUCUGCGUCUCGGGCCGCUGGUACGCGCCCGUGAGAUGAGAGCAGGAGAGGGCGCCGAGGCGAAGAAGAUGGGGGAGGAGGGGGGGUUUGUGCCGGAUGGGAAAGAGGAGUUGGAGAGGAAGUGGGGGUUUGAGUGGGGAUUCAACGGCGUCAACUCUUUCGCCCAUCUAGAGCACGUCAAGUGUCUCACGAAGCCAGAAACGCGGUUCGAUAUCGGCAUCCUCGGUGUGCCGUUUGAUACAGCCGUCAGCUACAGACCAGGAGCGCGGUUCGGGCCCCGCGCCAUCCGCGCCGCCUCUUCCCGCCAGACAUCCUUCCGCGGCUUCAACGCCCGCGCCUCCAUCAACCCGUACUCAUCAUGGGCCACCAUCCUCGACUGCGGCGACAUCCCAGUGACACCCGUCGACAACGCCAUGGCCUUGACCCAGAUGACAGCCGCCUACCUCGAACUCGGGCAUCGCCCCGCCCUCUCCCCCAGCCUGCGAUUCCCCAAGAUCAUCUCUCUCGGCGGCGACCACUCUCUGGCCCUCGCCGCUCUGCGAGGCCUGAACCGGGUCCACGGCCAGCCGAUCGCAGUGCUGCACUUCGACGCCCACCUCGACACGUGGCACCCAGCCAAGUACCCCAGCCCGUGGCCGAGCCCGCAGUCCGACUUCAACCACGGCUCGAUGUUCUGGCUCGCCUCCCGCGAGGGCCUGAUCGCCAACGGAUCGAGCGUGCACGCCGGGCUGCGCACCCGCCUGUCCGGCGCCGACUGGGCCGACUACGAGGACGACACGAGCCAGGGCUUCCUGCGCAUCUCGGCCGACGACAUCGACGAGCUGGGGACCCAGGGCGUCGUCGCCGCCAUCGUGGCCCGCGUCGGGACCGACGCGCCCGUCUACCUGUCUGUCGACAUCGACGUGUUGGACCCCGGCCUGGCGCCGGGCACCGGGACGCCCGAGGCAGGUGGGUGGACGAGCAGAGAGCUCAUCCGCAUCUUGCGGGGCGUCGAGGGCCUGAACGUCGUGGGCGCGGAUAUCGUCGAGGUGGCGCCCGCGUAUGACGGGGCGGGCGAGCAGACUGCGUUGGCGGCCGCGCAGGUUGCGUAUGAGAUCUUGACGAGUAUGGUGAAGAGGGGACUGGUGGACAUGGGGAGGGAGAGCGAGGUGAGGAUCAAGGAUGGGACGGGAGCGACGGGCACUGGGGAGAGGGUCAGAGACGAGUUGUAG